CUUUGUUUUAUUUUGACCGUUGCAUUUUUUUCAAAGGGCUUGGUGAACUCAAUAGCUCAGGAAGAUGUUUUACAGUCAAGAUAUUUUGCAAAGAAGAGGUGGAAAAUUUGGACUAAUAUGGAUUGCUGCCACACAUCCAAAAAGACUAACUCGUCGAGAUUAUGCUCGAGUGAAUGUGAAAACAACAAGUAAAUCUUUGCUGAAUUUCAUCUUGGUGCAAGUUCCUCCACGUAGACCAGGCGGCCACUGCCCACGACUCUCACUGUACCUGUCGGCUCAGCUGAUGUAUGGAGUUGUUCGCUGCCACUGCAAACAGGUGGAGUUCUUACUAGGGGAUGUUGUUGAUUUUCUUGGACGCAUUCGACUCCUAGCAGCAGCUUCAUCAACUGGGGACAUAGAUCUUAAAGCAUCCUUUAGAAGUGACCAAGUGACUGAAAUGGACAUAGCGGCUGUAUCUGGUAUACGCGAUGUUGCAUUUGACCCAUACUUCGGUUUACUCGACAAGGAAGAUAUCACAAUCCAGCUAGCAGAUGUGGAAGGAUGGCGAGUACACUCUAUGAUAGAACAGUCCAGCAGUCCCUCUACAGUGUUAGAUGUCGAUUUGCCAACUACACCCAAACUCAAAAAAGAUUUAAUAGAGGAGUCGUUUAAGCCUGUUGUUGGAAGCCCCCAUACAGUCUCAAGCCCUGAUGAUAUUAAAAUGAAAGAAGUUUUGCAUCAAAUACCAGACAUAGAGAUUCCUGGUAUACAAGAACUUCCUGGUUUGGACGGAGAAGAUUUAAAGUUACCUGAAGCACCCCCGGAAGCAGACAUUUUACUUGAACAGUUACUGUCCCCAAAAAGAAAACAGUUAUCAGAAAUAGAACCACUGCUGCCAGAAGAGAAAACGCCAGCACUCAGACCAGAAGAUGGCAUUCCUCCACCACGCAGAGCUCCCCCAUCCCCUGGUGUAACCCCCGCACCCGUAAGGAGUAUACGCAGAAAGCGACUGAGUCUCACUAUGGAGUUGGCACCCGUCACGCCCAGUCCUCUGAGCAGACGACGAAGAAAGCAGCUGCUCUUUGCAGAUAACGAAACUCAGAUUCCAAAGAAAAAAAUCAGAGAGCAACUACUUACGGGAUCAGACACUUGCAUGCCCUUUAUUCUUCCAGACCCAAGGCCAUCAACAGUAGAAGAGCUUUUCAGUCGCCCAGGUGGAAAAGCACUAAUGUAUCCAAAAUUAUUUCCCCUGUGGAAGAGGAAUGCUAAUGUUGGGGAAAUAUCUGAAACAGAAUCUGAAAAAAAUACACCAAUAUGGACAGUACCAGAACUGAGUGCUGAUAAAUCCGUAACAGGAAUUGAAUUGUUGGGUUCACCACGAAGCAAGGAACCAAGACUGGAGGAGGAGCUGCCUGUUGUGGCACUGGAAGGAUCCAUGGAAAUAGCCAGGGCAGCAGAGAUUUCAGAUAUUGAAAUCACACGCACCAGGUCACACACAUCUAUGGAGGGUAUACAUCGGGGUGGAGAAACACCCGUUUCCAUGGAGAUUCCUCAUUCUACAUCUAGGGACCAAAGCUUGGGCGACCAAAGCAUUGAUACACUUGAUGAGAGUCUAAGACCUAGACCAGCCAGCAGGGAAGUGCCGAGUUCCGAAGAUGAGAUCAACCUGGAGGCCCACCAGGUUCAGGAAAGCGUGUCUAUCGGGGACCUGGGCAGUCUCUACGUGGUGCCGGAGGAGAAGGAAGAUGUCCUCAGUCCCGUGCUUGCUCGAGUCCUCGAGUUAUCACACAUUGCUUCAUCCAUGGAGGUCCUUAGACUUAUCAGUUCAAAAAUGGAAUCGGGACCAGUGACAACAUUUAGAGACAUCUGUCCGACCAGUAAUACAAGACCCUGUGCAGCACAUCUAUUCUCAGAACUGCUUGAACUGUGCAAGUCUUGCCACGUGAAUGUACAACAGGAAGAACCAUUUGGAGACAUAUUUAUCAGUCGGGGUGCAGAGUGGGAAACCACAUGAGUUUGCGGACACGUACAGCAUUCAACACAAAUCUGUCAAUUAGUUUAAAGUAUAGAUUUUAUUUUUAAAUGUUGAGUUUAAAAAUACAUAUACAUAUAUAUAUAUAUAUAUAUAUAUAUAUAUAUAUAUAUAUAUAUAUAUAUAUAUAUAUAUAUAUAUAUAUAUAUAUAUAUAUAUAUAUAUAUGUGUGUUUAUUCAUACACAUUUACUCUUGUAUUUUGAUUGUCUUGAAUAUUUAUCCUGGAUGAAUUACUCAUAGCAUAUUCUAAAUGUUACAUCUUGACUCUUGACCAUUUAACAUGGACUAACAUUAAAUUUUUAUUUUAUUUUACAUUGCACUAUAGUAAUACUGGUGAAUUCAAAUUCAUAAUGAAGCAGGUCAACGUGGUAUCAAUACCCUUAAUUAUUUAAUCUUAAAUUAAUUGUUUGGCUUGAAAUACAUGUAUUUGCAUGUGGCAUAUAUUUAUUAACACAUUAAUCAUGAAUUUUAAACAACUUGGUACUGGAAACAAACCAUUGUAUUUUCACAUUCAUGAAAUUAUUGCAUUGUAUUUUACAUUCAUGAAAACUUUCCAUAGUAUUUCCCAUUUAUGAAAUCAUUCUGUUUACUAUUUACGAAAUGUUUUUCUUUAAUGUUCGUUUUGUAUUUGACACAAGAUGAAAUUCAUCUGACAAAUUGCUUGUUAUUUCUCUUCUUUUCAUUUAUUUAUUGAAAAAUAUUUUGCACAUGUUACUAUUUAUCAUUUAUGAGUUGUAUUAUCAUUGUUGAAAUAAGGUAUUUAAAGUUAUGGAUCAUUCAUAAUUAUCAAUGUUUACACAAGCAUACAAAGAUUACUCUUUCCUUCUGUUUUUUUUACCCCCAACCCCAAAACAAAAGUGCAUAGAAAAUAUUUUAUAAACAUUUUUAUUUUCAAGUGAAAGAUUAUGCUGGCAUCCACCUCCUAAUCUCUAGCAUAUAGUUUGUAUUAGCGUGAAAUUAUUGAUAAUUAUAAAUAUCCACUUUGUCAUUAUAUGUAUUUUUUUAAAGUAUAUAGGGUCUUGAAGUGAAUAAAUGUUACUUCUUAAUUUAAUCAUGUUGCUAUUUAUUUAUGAGUGCUAUUAUAAUUGUUAAAAUAUUUAGUUUUAUUAUAAUAAUAAUACAUAAACUAUUUAAAUUUACCUUUUGUAUUAUUAUCUUGUUGUACUUUAAGUCACCGACACCAGUUAUUAGACAGUUUCAAACAUUUGUAGGUUGGUGUUUUUUUUAAAGAUCAUAUUACUCAGAACCUUUUGCUUAAACUGUCAAUUUUAACCAAUAUAGUGCACUUGUUUCUGGUUGGCACAUGCUUCACGUGCAUUAUGUUGUAAAACUGAAAAGGUGCAUACCUCAGGAAAUGGAGUCAGUGACUUUUAAAAGUUGUUUGUUAACUUUCUAGACCAGAUAAACUUCAGAGAAAAAAUUGGUUUGGAAUUGUUUCUAGAAUAUCUUUGAUGUAUAAAACAGUGUUGACACUUAAACUGUUAUCAAUGAGGAUUGAUGAGGGAUUUUGAAAGUUGUUUGUUAAUUUUCUAGACCUAAUAAACUUGGAAGUUUUGUUUUUUUCAAAUUGCUUCUGGAAAGUCUUUGAUCUAUAAAACAGUGUAGACACUUAAUUGUUAUCAUUGAUGAUUAGUGACUUUUUAAAACUUGUUACUUAAUUGUCAAAGAUUGAUAAACCUGAAACAUUGGUUUGGAACUCUUUGAUCUAUAUAUGAGAUAGUGUUGACACUUAAUUGUUAUCAGUGAGGAAAUAACAGGGUGGAAACCAAUUUGUUGUGUAUCUGUAUAGUCACAAAAGCUUGGUCAUAUUCGUUGACAUGAAUUAAGAGAAUAUUAUGCUGUGUUAAAAGGAUCCCAAUAUAUCUGCAUAAAACUUUAUAAUAAAUAGUUCUUGAAUUAAUAUCGACACCAACUCGCAUCAUCUCAUUUAAAUCUUAUUGCAAUGAUACACAAUUUAGUUGUUUCAGAUAAUAUUACUGACGUGAUUUCUGACAGGGGACCGAAUAUUGUUACUAGCAUAGCUAAUUAUUAAUACAUGCCAGGUCUUCUAGAAUUUUUUUAAAAUCCAUUAGCCAUGGGAUCAGUGAUUUUAACAAUUUACUAGCCACAAUUAAAAAUUCACUAGCCCUACUUUACUUAAUACAAU